AUGUUCACAUUUCAACCCCGCUCAGAGGUUGUCGUCAAUGGACGCCUUGCAAACUGUAUAAAAUGUAUACCCAUCCCACGAAUGAAGAGGGAGAUUAAGAUUCUGGCAGUGUGGCCAUCAGAUUUCUGCUUCCGUACAAUCAUCUGUCCCAUAUAA